AUGGAGUCUACUGCAUCGCCACAUGAAAAUAUCUCCUGGCGUAUUUGGGUUGGAACUACAACUACUGUUGUUCCUGCUAUCAUAGCUGUGACACUACGAUUCGCUGCCCGCUAUGUAUCUCGCGCGGGUUUUUGGUGGGAUGACUAUACCAUUUUGACAGCUCUGGCCAUCAACUUGGCUAUGGUAGCUGUUAGAUGGUCUCAGAUUCUACUAUGGGGUGCAGGUCAACACGCCUAUGACCUUCCAGUGGAAACCGUCGAGGCUUUCGCAAAGAGCUUCUUGGCCGUUCAGAUCAUCUACUUCACCAACGCUGUGUUCACCAAAGCUUCUCUGCUUUUCCUAUACUAUCGAAUCUUCGGUAUUAUCAAAGGCUUUCGUUGGGCUCUCGGGACAGCCGGGUUCCUCGUCAUAGGAUACUAUAUUGCAUGCGACAUCACAUCUAUUGCUGGGUGCUUGCCUGUGAACAAGUUCUGGGACCCAUCUGUGCCCGGAAGAUGUAUCAAUCAAGUGGAAUUCUUCCGAUACAACGGAGUCGCAAACAUGCUUCUCGAUGUUGUGGUUCUUUGCCUUCCGUAUCCAAUGGCCUGGCGCUUGCAGGCGACUGCCCGGCAGAAGCUAAUUCUGACCGUCAUGUUUCUUCUGGGGGGAUUCGUCGUGGUCGCCUCAAUUCUUCGAGUCACAAGCUUCGACUUUCACACCUUUGACGAUCCAACCUACGUCAACGCAAUGCCUUCCACAUGGUCUUCCAUCGAACAGUCCGUGGGAAUUAUCUGCGCCUGUCUACCUACCCUUCGUCCUCUUCUGCGGAGUUGGUCUGGUAAUCCAAAGAGAAACAACACACAUGUCAGAAAAAGAACUGGUUGCGUUUUCCCCAAAAGAGUCCCCUUGAUGGGCCGUUCGUCGCAAGGUGAUGAGGAGAGCAAGUCGGUCUCGCCUGUUCCGCCAGUUGCUCCAGUUCAACCGGUUCAC